AGACCCACGCGGCUCAGAAAUUUCGUCCCUGCGAGAGAAAUAAAAACACACACGCCAACUUCGAAAUUGUCAAUCCUUCGUUGAACACAAAGUGACGAAUUCGAGAGAGAACUAAAAAAAAAACUAAUUUAAUCAGAGAUUUCGAGUAACAAAGAAAGAGAAGAAGAGGGUUUGAUCUUGUUGUUGUUGUGAAAUUGAAAUUGAAACUGAUUGUGAAGAGGAAAGAGACAGAUGGUAGCAGAAGCAGAGGUUGUAUUUCAACAUAGUUUACCGGCGGUUCUGGAGAUUGAGUUGUUCGAUCGAGUUUCUUCCGCCGUUAAAUCUCCCGUUUCUUCUCCUAAAUUGGGUUUUACUCAGUCGGUUUCCGCAAGUUUAUCGACUUCUCCUCUGGUUGUGCAGGGUGAUUGUGAUCCAAGUGUCUCAGAUUAUGUUCCGACCAUCCGGUCUGGAAGCUUUGCUGAUAUUGGCCCAAAGAGAUGCAUGGAAGAUGAACACAUUCGCAUAGACGAUCUAUCUUCUCAAGUUGGAUGUCUCUUCGAGUUGCCAAAGCCUAGUGCUUUCUAUGCGGUUUUUGACGGUCAUGGAGGACCAGAAGCAGCAGCAUAUGUUAGGGAAAACGCCAUUAGGUUUUUCUUUGAAGAUGAGCAGUUUCCACAAACAUCUGAAGUGAAUAGUGUUUAUGUGGAAGAAGUUGAGAGUUCAUUGAGAAACGCGUUUCUUCAAGCUGAUCUUGCUUUGGCAGAAGAUUGCAGCAUCAGCUCUUCUUCUGGUACCACUGCUCUCACUGCUCUUAUCUGUGGAAGACUUUUAAUGGUUGCAAAUGCUGGAGACUGCAGAGCGGUUCUAUGCAGGAAAGGCAAAGCGAUAGACAUGUCUGAAGACCAUAAACCGAUUAAUCUACUUGAGAGAAGAAGAGUGGAAGAAUCAGGCGGUUUCAUCAAUAAUGACGGCUACCUAAAUGAGGUCUUAGCUGUAACCCGGGCUCUUGGCGAUUGGGAAUUAAAAAUGCCACACGGCUCCCAGUGUCCGCUAAUUUCUGAACCAGAAAUCAAGCAGAUAACUUUAACCGAGGAUGAUGAGUUUCUUGUGAUUGGAUGCGACGGGAUUUGGGAUGUCAUGACGAGCCAAGAAGCAGUUAGCAUUGUUAAGCGUGGCUUAAAGCGACAUAACGAUCCAACAAGAUGUUCGAGAGAGCUUGUGAUGGAGGCUCUUAGAAGGAACUCAUUUGAUAACUUAACCGCGGUUGUAGUAUGUUUUAUGACAGCGGACCGAUGGGAAGAGCCGGUGGUUCCUAUGGAGAAGAGACGGUGUUUUAGUCUUACACCGGAUGCAUUCCGUAGCUUGAGGAAUCUGUUGGAUGGCUGAAACUGGUGUGCUUUUGGUGAUUAUAUAAUUGAUGAUGACGAAUAACAAACCUCUCCCACGCUGCUAUUGUAUUUGACUUAAAAGGUUCUAAGCAGCAGAGAGAACUAUUUCAAGAUAAAUUUGCAUAAGAUGUGUGCUUUUUGUGUGUGGAGUCUGUAAUUACAUUUUUGUGUACAUAUACUGAUUAUUGAGUGUGAAUAUAGUUCAAAAGAAGAAUUGAAAAAUAA